AGNCGCGACCCACGGAUGGGCGCGUCAAUCCUUCGGCUCUUUUUCCAUGAUUGCUUUGUAAAUGGCUGCGAUGGCUCCAUCCUUCUCGAUGACACCGCGGCCUUCACCGGGGAGCAAAAUGCCUUCCCGAACAAGAACUCGAUUCGGGGACUCGAAGUCAUCGACUCGAUUAAAGCCCAGGUGGAAGCAUCUUGUAGAGCUACUGUCUCGUGCGCUGAUAUCCUCGCCCUUGCUGCUCGAGAUGGCGUCGUCAUGUUGGGAGGACCAACAUGGACCGUAGAUCUCGGCCGCCGUGAUGCGCGGACGGCGAGCCAGACCGCAGCGAACAGUGACCUCCCAGGCCCGAGCUCCAGCCUCUCCACCCUCGUCGCCAAAUUUGCCGCCAAGGGCCUCGACGCCCGCGACAUGACGGCGCUCUCCGGCGCCCACACUAUUGGCCAGGCGCGCUGCGCCACUUUCCGCAGCCGCAUCUACAACGACACCGACAUCGACGCCGGCUUCGCGGCCCUGCGCCGCCAGAGCUGCCCCUCCAUCGGCGGCGACGACAAUUUGGCACCGCUCGACUCGCAGACGCCGAACCGGUUCGGCAACAACUACUACCAGGACCUCGUGGCGCGGUUCGGGCUGCUGCACUCCGACCAGGAGCUGUUCAGCGGCGGGCCGCAGGACGCGCUGGUCCGGCAGUACAGCUCGGAAGAGUCGGCGUUCGCUCGCGACUUCGCGACGGCGAUGGCGAAGAUGGCAACCAUCAGCCCCCUCACCGGCACGGCUGAGGAGAUCAGAUUGAACUGCAGGACCAUGGCCUCCUCCCAGAGCUUGUUCUCACUGUGCCUUCUUUCUCUCUUCGCUUGCGCCACAUACGCGCAGCUCUCGUCGUCUUUCUACGACCACACUUGCCCGAAACUGCCGCGCAUUGUGCGCACCGCCAUGAUCCAGGCCGUGAGGAAUGAGCGGAGGAUGGGCGCGUCGAUUCUUCGGCUCUUCUUCCAUGACUGCUUCGUCAAUGGCUGCGACGGUUCGAUCCUUUUGGAUGACACGGCGACCUUCACCGGAGAGAAGAAUGCCUUCCCGAACCGAAACUCAGUUCGCGGCUUCGAAGUCAUCGAUACCAUCAAAUCGAAUGUCGAAGCCGCCUGCAAUGCGACUGUCUCGUGUGCCGACAUCCUCGCCCUCGCAGCACGCGACGGCGUCUUCUUGGAGCUCUUCAAUGGGGGGUCGCAGGAUCAAUUGGUGAGGCUAUAUAGCUUCAAUGAGGGGCUCUUCGCGGGGGACUUUGUUACGGCUAUGUUGAAGAUGGGGAACAUUAGCCCGUUGACUGGGUCAAAUGGUCAAAUCAGGUUGAAUUGUAGGAAGGUGAACUAGUAGUAGUAGUAAAGGGAGAUUUUGAUGAAAAAGAAGUAUUGAUAAUAAUAAGAAGAAUUAAUUGUUUGUUAAAGUUUGGUGGUGUUUGGCUCUUAAUGUGGCGGGGGUUAAUUUGCGCUUGUAACUCUCAUUGUACUCUGUUAAUGUUGA